GAGAACUAGCUCUGGAAGUGGAGUAUGUACGAGGACUCCACGGUGGCUAACUGCAGUUAGACAUUCCGACAACCCUUAGUUUUUCGUCAUGCAGGGAUACAUACCGAAAUAGUUCUGUAGUGCAUAGGAGAAGAGCUGAUUGUAUAACGUUUUUAAACUGUUCAUCGCUCAAGCUAUUUUGGAGAACGCCAUACUCUGUCAAUUUGCUUAUGACAGUGAUGCAAUUACAAAAUCCAUGUAAUUUGAGUGUUUCAAAUGUUGGAUUUUAAACACUUUCGACUGUUUUGGAAACACAUUUUUUAAAAUUUAAGCAUAGCACAUCGGAGCGCCCAAAAAGAGAAGGGAGGGGGGCAAGAAAACGCCCUGUUGCUGAAUCUUCUUAAAAUUCCAACUUAAUCGCGGUGUGGAUCACAGAGAACAGUCAUAUGGAAUAUGGUACUAUAAAUGUCUAUCUUGAUUUGCGUUCAACUAAAUCUCCGGACUAAUUGGCAAAUUUGCGGAGCUGCGCUUCUCCGUUUAUGGUGGAUAUAUUUUUUUUCUUCUACAUUGUGGAUACUGCAAUUCCGAGGCGAUUAUAGGAGGCUGCUAGGCCCACGGCCAUUGCCCAAGAACAAAAAGACUUUUCCCCAUGUAAACCCAAACAGUUCUCAUAAGGCUCGUCUUAUAUGUAAAAGAAACGGGCAUUAAUCAAUCGCAAAAAUGUCACUUGGUGCAGAGAGAAGGAUGGAAAACCGGUUGAAAAAGCUGGAGGCCAUGAUCAAAGAUCCAAGAUCUGCGAUAAACUUGGAAAGUUUACUCGAUUCUAUCAAUGCCUUCGUUCUAGAUCUGGACUACCCUGCCCUACGGAAAAACAAAAACGUAGAAACCUUUUUACACAGAUAUGAGAAGGUGAUGGGGCACCUACGGGACUUUCAGAUGAAGUCUGACGACUUUGACAGGGUGAAGGUGAUCGGCAGAGGGGCGUUUGGGGAGGUUCAGCUGGUUCGACACAAAGCCUCUCAGAAAGUGUACGCCAUGAAGCUGCUGAGCAAGUUUGAGAUGAUAAAACGUUCAGACUCUGCCUUUUUCUGGGAGGAGAGGGAUAUUAUGGCCUUCGCCAACAGUCCAUGGGUCGUACAAUUGUGCUGUGCCUUCCAAGACGACCGUUACCUUUACAUGGUGAUGGAGUACAUGCCUGGAGGGGACCUGGUGAACCUCACCAGUACCUACGAUGUGCCUGAGAAGUGGGCCCGGUUCUACACGGCCGAGGUGGUCAUGGCACUGGAUGCCAUCCACUCCCUGGGUUUCAUCCACCGCGACGUCAAGCCUGACAACAUGCUCCUGGACCGCCACGGACACCUCAAACUGGCCGACUUCGGAACCUGCAUGAAGAUGGACUCUACUGGGAUGGUGCACUGUGACACGGCGGUUGGCACUCCAGACUACAUCUCUCCAGAGGUUCUGAAGUCGCAGGGUGGAGAUGGUUACUACGGACGGGAGUGUGACUGGUGGUCUGUAGGGGUCUUCAUCUUUGAGAUGCUAGUCGGUGACACACCAUUCUAUGCCGACUCCCUUGUUGGAACAUACAGCAAGAUCAUGGAUCACAAGAAUUCCCUCAACUUUCCAGAUGACGUAGAGAUCUCCAAAGACGCCAAAAACCUUAUCUGUGCCUUCCUGACAGACAGGGAGGUGCGACUGGGCCGCAACGGGGUGGAGGAGAUCAAACGACACCCCUUUUUCAAGAAUGACCAAUGGAACUUCGACAGCAUCAGAAAUACGGCGGCUCCUGUGGUUCCAGAGUUGAGCAGUGACAUUGACACUAGCAACUUUGAUGAGAUAGAAGAUGACAAGGGUGACGUGGAGACCUUUCCUACUCCUAAGGCUUUUGUGGGAAACCAGCUUCCUUUCGUCGGCUUCACAUACUUCAAGGAAGACCAGUUGCUAAGCGGUGUGAAUAACUCUACAGUUGUGACCGUGAACUCAACAGCCUUGAAAGGAGAGUCGGCCAAGCUACAGAAGAAACUCCACCAGCUGGAAGAGCAGCUCAAUAAUGAGAUGCAGACCAAAGAUGAGCUGGAACACAAGUGCAGAACGUCCACCAGUCGUCUAGAGAAAAUCUCCAAAGAACUCGAUGAAGAGACGAGUAGCAGAAAGGCCCUGGAGUCGAGUCUCAGGCAGCUGGAGAGAGAGAAGGCUCUACUGCAGCACAAGACUGUGGAGAGCCACCGCAAGGCCGAAAGCGAGGCCGACCGGAAACGCUGCCUGGAGAACGAGGUCAACAGCCUCCGAGACCAGCUGGACGAUAUGAAGAAAAGAAAUCAGAACUCGCACAUAUCCAACGAGAAGAACAUUCACUUACAAAGACAGCUGGACGAGGCCAAUGCUCUAUUGCGUGCGGAGCAGGAGGCGGCUACGCGGCUGAGGAAGGCCCAGACGGAGGCAGGCAAGCAACUGCAGGCUCUGGAGGCCGGGGGCAGAGAGCUGCAGGACAAGUGCUGCCUGCUGGAGCGCUCCAAGCUCACUCUGGAGAAGGAGUGUAUCGGGCUGCAGGCAGCACUGGAGGCUGAGAGGAGAGAGCACAGCCAGGGCUCAGAGACCAUCGCAGACAUGCAGGGGCGAAUCUCCGGGCUGGAGGAUGAGGUUCGGCAGGUGAGACAAGCCCUAUCCAAAGCAGAGACAGAGAAAAGACUACUACAGGAGAAACUCACCGACCUGGAGAAGGAGAAGAGCAGCAAGGAGAUAGACAUGACGUACAAGCUGAAGGUGUUGCAGCAGGGGCUGGAGCAGGAGGAGGCGUCGCACAAAGCCACCAAGGCACGGCUCGCAGACAAGAGCAAGAUUGAGUCGAUCGAGGGCGCCAAGUCUGAGGCCAUGAAGGGUAAGGCCCUUCCUGAGUUAUCAGACAUGGAGCAGAAGCUGCAGGAGGAGAGGGCGUCCAAGCUGCGUGUGGAGAACAGGAUGUUGGAGCUGGAGAAACACAGCAGCAUGCUGGAUUGUGACUACAAGCAGUCCCUACAGAAACUGGAUGAGCUCCGCAGGCACAAGGAGAGGCUCACCGAGGAGGUGAAGAACCUAACUUUGAAGAUCGAGCAGGAGACCCAGAAGCGCAGUCUGACCCAGAAUGACCUGAAGGCCCAGAACCAGCAGCUCAACACCCUGAGGACCUCUGAGAAGCAGCUGAAACAGGAGGCUAAUCACCUGCUGGAAAUCAAACGCAGCCUGGAGAAACAAAACCAGGAGCUACGCAAAGAAAGGCAGGACUCGGACGGCCAAAUGAAGGAACUUCAGGACCAGCUAGAGGCUGAGCAGUAUUUUUCGACGCUGUAUAAGACCCAGGUGCGAGAGUUGAAGGAGGAAUGUGAAGAGAAGAGCAAGCUCUACAAGGACAUGCAGCAAUCCCUUCAGGAGUUACAAGAGGAGAGGGACUCCCUGGCGGCGCAGCUGGAGAUCACGCUGACCAAGGCGGACUCGGAGCAGCUGGCUCGCUCCAUCGCUGAGGAGCAGUACUCCGACCUGGAGAAGGAGAAAAUCAUGAAGGAGCUGGAGCUCAAAGAGAUGAUGGCUCGGCACAAGCAGGAGCUGGUCGAGAAGGACAUUACCAUUGGCUCGCUGGAGGAGGCCAACCGAACCCUCACUAGCGAUGUGGCCAACUUAGCCAAUGAGAAAGAGGAGCUCAACAACAAACUCAAGGAGACACUUGAAGAGCUGCAGACGUCCAAGGAUGAUGAGCAGCAGAUGAGCCAGAUGAAGCUCACGUUUGAGAAGCAGCUCCAGUCAGAGAGAACACUAAAGACCCAGGCUGUGAACAAGCUGGCGGAGAUCAUGAACAGGAAGGAGGUACGUGCAGCAGGCAGUCGGCGCGGCAAUGACACCGAUGUGCGCAGGAAGGAGAAGGAGAACAGGAAGUUGCAGCUGGAGCUGAGGUCAGAGAAGGAGAAACUCAACUCCACCAUCAUCAAGUACCAAAGAGAGAUCAACGACAUGCAGGCGCAAAUAGCAGAUGAGAGUCAGGUACGCAUCGAGCUGCAGAUGGCCCUGGACAGUAAGGACAGUGACAUUGAGCAGCUACAUAACCUCCUCAGCUCCGCCAACGUCUCCUCCCUAGAAUCAGCCAGCCUCAGCAGUGGACCAGACUUUGACGCGGAUGACGCCUACACAGAAAUGAGACUGGCGGGAUGGCUCUCGCUGCCUGUGAGGAACAACACCAAGAAGUUUGGAUGGGAGAGAAAGUAUGUGGUUGUGAGCAGCAAGAAGAUUCUGUUCUAUAACAGCGAACAGGACAAAGAGCUAUCCAACCCCUACAUGGUGCUGGAUAUUGAUAAACUCUUCCAUGUGCGGCCUGUCACUCAAACAGACGUUUACCGUGCUGAUGCCAAAGAGAUCCCCAGGAUAUUCCAGAUUCUGUAUGCCAAUGAGGGAGAGUGUAAGAAGGAGCCAGAGUUCCCAGUGGAGCUGGCCAGUGGAGAGAAGUCCAGCUACAUCUGCCACAAGGGCCACGAGUUUAUCCCUACGCUCUACCACUUCCCCACCAACUGUGAGGCGUGCACCAAGCCCCUGUGGAACAUGUUUAAGCCUCCGCCCGCCCUGGAGUGCAGGCGCUGCCACAUCAAGUGCCACAAGGACCACAUGGACAAGAAGGAGGAGAUCAUCGCGCCCUGCAGAGUGAACUAUGACGUGUCCACGGCCAAGAACCUGCUGCUGCUGGCCGUGUCUCAGGAGGAACAACAGAAGUGGGUGGGACGUCUGGUCAAGAAGAUCCCCAAGAAGCCCCCGGCCCCCGAGCACUUUUCUCGCUCCUCGCCCCGUUCCUCCAUGAAGGUCCAGCCCAGCCAGUCCAUGAGGCGGCCCAGCAGACAGCUGCCCCCCAGUAAGAGCAGUCCUCCUAGAUCACACGCCCCCAGGAUGCGACGAGAAGACUCCAAAAGUGGCCAUCGACACAAAUCAUGACUUACCUCUUCUGUGUGUGUUUCAGUUUGACUAGUCAUUUUAAUGUAAAAGAGAAUGUGUUAUAAUAUGAUGUUUUGUACAUUUAUUUACAAUGACUUUUGACGUUUUGUAAUAAAACAUGCAAUCCAUUGGGCGGAGCUGUGUGGCUCUGAGAGGUUGUAUGUGUGAUAGCUGCGUGCUAUGGGGGGUCAUGCAAUGUUGUGGCGCAGGCAAUGUCGCGGAGCUGUGAGUUGGUUUGGAGAAACUAAUACUGUUUCCCUUUUUCUCUUUCUCCAGUUAACCUUACUUGGAAAUGUGGUUCAGGAUCGAGGUGGUGGGUGUUUCCUCCUAACACGCAAUCAAAAGACUAAUAACAAACAAUGUUCCACUUGGCAUUUCCUCCUUGCACAGCUUUGAUUCCACUUCACUCUUCCAGACGACUUCUCUUCCCAUUUCCACCUUGAUAGUCCUAUAGUAUUUGGCCUUGUGUCGAAUUAUCAGUUAUGUCCAGUCACUUCAACUGCUAGUCACCCAUGAACGAUGUGCCAACACGCCUACCUGUCGUCUGUGUGCAUAUGAAGAGCAACUUCUCUCCAAGUUCCUUUAGGAGAGGGGCGGUUGGAUGUCAAGGCCAUGGGAAGGGGUUUGGCUUUGGGCUUUGUGUAUCCCGAUUUUCACUCAACACAGAACAAUAGCCUCAAUUACGCCAAACAGAGGGUUGAAGCACUUACCUUGACAACACUUAAACAGAAAUUCCUCAUUGGAAAGCAGAGAUCAAGAGGUAAGCGAUUUGAGGUGCUCUGCCAACCUGAAUGCUUGUGGCUGAGGCAAAGACAUUUUAAUAAUACAGUUUACAAUUACAAGCCAUCAUAAGUAUCUAGUGCAGAACACUACGCCCACAAGAGAAUAAUACUGUAAACUGGUAGGUGGAUAGAGCUGAAGUUCAGAUGCUAACACUGACCUUAUAGCACUUCACCCUGGCAAUUGCCUUAAUGUACUUACCACGCAGCAUGACAAUUAUUAGAGGGAAAUGUUUACUGCACCAGCUGAAUGCAAUGGUGCACCAUUAUGCAGCAUUAAUAUCAUAGCUUGACUCCUUCAUUGUUUGAAUGUACGUCUGGGCACACCAGAGAUGAAACACAAGCAUUGUAUUACUUAGAAAUGAUACUGUUUAUUUUCUAUUCAAAAUCUACUUGAUGACCCCUCCACCAUCUUCUGUGUGAUGUUGCAUGUGUUUUACGUUUUGCCCCUAAGGUCUCAAAGUGCUGUUGACUACAUGCCUUUCCUUUUGGUGAAUGCACCCGUAGUAAGAAUGUUUUUUAUUCCUGUGAACAAGUGGGGGGAAAAUCGAAAGUUUACUUAUUUUUGUUGAAAAAAAAGAAGGAAAGUUUCUGCAAAUGUAUUCACAAGCUGAAAGUAUUGAAUAGUAACAUGCAAUAGAAGCUUUUCAAAUGUUUUUCUCAGAUAUUUUUGUAAAGAAUUCCUCUUUUGGCACGUUGUGUGUAUCUGGCUCAUACUACAGCUGGAGAGUGAUGUUGUGCUUUUGAGUGCUCUCCUUUAUCCAAGAAGCUUCUGAAAAGCACGUUUUAUACAUAUAAAUAUACACGGUAUAUAUUUUACAUGACGACAUACAGUGCACAUUGUAUUAUUUAUACUGCCUUGUCCACUUUGUAUUUAAAGGCGCAUCAUCCAGACUGCAUGUUUGAUAUUGCUAGAGUAAAGUUCAUGAUAACCUGUUGAACAAUAAAGAAAUGUAUGUGCCUUCUGGUU